AUGGGUGUGAGGGAAGGCAUGAUAUGGAAGUGGAACUUACAAGUGCAACAAGGAUUGGAGAAUGACUUGGUGUUAAAGGAAAAUGAGGACUUGGAACUGAUUCUAGAAGAAAUUGAGCCAAUUCAGAAUAUGCAAGAUAGAUUCAUAUGGUCUCUAAAUGGUAUGGAGGGUUUCAAAGUUUAUGCAUAUUAUUCAAGGCUUCUUGAUGCUUCUGUGGUGGAGGAUAUAAAAGACGAUAUUAGGUUGGUGUCUAAAGCAAUUUGGACUUUGAAAAUGCCAUCAAAGAUCAAGAUUUUUGCGUGGAGGCUUGUUCAGAACAGACUACCAACGAGACUGCUAUUGAGGAUAAGAGGUAUUAUUGUUGUUGAUUAUGAUUCUUUAUGUGUUUUUGGCUUCCAAGUCAGGGAAGAUAAUCAUCAUCUGUUUUCUGGGUGUCCUAAAACGCGUAAGCUGUGGGAAAUGAUACAGUCUUGGUUAGGAAUUAAUGUACAGUUUAAUUCAAAUUUUGUAUCAUUCUACUGUAAUUUUGUUGAGGCUAUGAAGGUUAUAUGCAAGGAAAAAGAUGCAGGUGGAAUUUGGGGAGCUGCUUGUUGGGCUAUAUGGAAACAAAGAAACAAUAUUAUUUUUAAUAAUGCUGUUGAGGAUUUUGAUGAGAUUUUUCAUGAUACAAAAAUAUUAAGCUGGCAGUGGCAGGUGUUAGGAACCAAAGAGGAUAGAAUGUGUGCAUUCUAUGAUUGGUAUCAUCAUCCUAAUGAGGUUUUAGCUCUGUAA